CAUCCCAAACAGGCUGUGGAGGGUACCAUCUACAUCUCUGCCCUUGGUCUCUGUAAAGGGUGGGAAUUAAAAAGAAAAACUGAGGAAAUCCCAGAAGACCAAGAAGCAAAUAGAGAAAACUCCAGUCAUGGAUGUACAAAAUAACGUGAAAUAUUAUCCUUCUCCUACUGAUUCCAUUGGUCAAGAAGCGACUUUGCUGCAGCACAAAAAUGGACUCAGAGCUGCUCAUUCAUGGCAGUGUCCUCUGUUUUUAGCAAUUUCACUCUGAAAUAUGAUCAGUCACGCUCUAGCUCCAAAGUGAUCUACUGUUUACUAUUAUGAAUGAUAUCAUCACAACCAUGUUCAAUAAAAAGUUUAUGGAGGAGCUGUUUAAACCACAGGAACUCUAUUCCAAGAAGGCCCUGAGAACAGUGUAUGACCGGCUGGCUCAUGCUUCAAUCAUGAGGCUGAACCAGGCAAGCAUGGAUAAGCUCUAUGAUCUUAUGACUAUGGCUUUCAAAUACCAAGUUCUGCUCUGUCCUCGACCCAAAGACAUACUGCUAGUCACUUUCAAUCAUCUGGAUGCUAUCAAGGAUUUUGUACGAGACUCCCCUAAUAUUCUUAACCAAGUGGAUGAAACAUUUCGGCAGCUAAUCGAUAUGUACAGUUGUCUCUCUGCUGGUGAAUUUCAGCUGAUCAGGCAAACACUCCUAAUUUUCUUUCAGGACAUGCACAUCAGGGUCUCCAUCUUUCUAAAGGAUAAAGUACAAAACUCGAAUGGUCGCUUUGUGCUGCCUAUAUCAGGUCCUGUUCCAUGGGGAACAGAAGUUCCAGGACUCAUCAGGAUGUUUAAUUGCAAUGGAGAUGAAGUUAAAAGGGUUGAAUUCACCAAUGGUGGAAAUUAUAUCAGUCCACAAAGGGAAGGUUCAUUUGAUCUUUAUGGAGACAGAGUGCUUAAGCUGGGGACAAACAUGUACAGUGUUAGUCGGCCAGUAGAGACACAUAUGUCAGGAGCAUCCAAGAGUUUGGCAUCCCACACAAAGGAGAAUGCAGCCCCUAACCCUCUUGCUAAAGAAGAACUGAACUUUUUGGCUAGACUAAUGGGAGGCCUGGAGAUCAAGAAACCCAAUGGCAGUGAGCCAGGAUUCCGAUUAAACCUAUUCACAACGGAUGAGGACGAAGAAUAUGCAGCAUUGACCAGACCUGAAGAGUUAUCUUACAAAGUUAUCAACAUACAAGCAACCCAGGACCAACAGCAGAAUGAGGAGCUGGCUCGAAUCAUGGGAGAGUUUGAGGUGACAGAUCAGCCCAGACAGAGCACAAGCAAGGGAGAUGAUUUACUGGCCAUGAUGGAUGAAUUAUGAUACUCUGCUUCUCAGAGGCACAGGCAGAACAAGAAGCUGUUUAUUUAGUCACUUACAAUUUGACACAGACAGAAACCUGCUGCUAGUCUCCUAUCACAUGGAGCUGUUACAAAUCCUGUCUGUUUGUGUCAUGACUGAUUACACAGGCCAGCCUCAGACCCCAGAAUCAGUCUGGGUGGCAUUUAUACACAUUCUACCAAAACUACUCUGAUUUUAAAUGUGACCUUUCAAUAUUUGCCUCCUUCAUUUUCUGUGAAAGCUCUAGAUUGUUCCAGGCCUCAGACUUAGAAUCUUGAGUAAUUAAAGGAAAGGGGAAGUGAG